AUGGCAGACUUGCCAGCGGUGUUCAGCAUCGCGAACAUCGCCUUCCUGACCGUGUUCUACUACCUCGCCAGAAGCGUGUAUCGGCUCUUCCUGCAUCCGCUCAGCAAAGCCCCUGGGCCGUGGUACCUGGCCAUUUCGACCAUCCCGGGCACAUACUACAUCUGCAUCAGCGGCCGCUAUAACCAGCUGAACCGGAGGCUGCACGAGCACUAUGGGCCGAUUGUGCGCGUCGGCCCCAACAAGCUCAGCGUCAGGGGCGAGAUCGGCUGGCAGGCCAUCUACGGCCACAAGCCGCGCGAGGCGGAAGAAUGGUCCAAAUGGCCCGCCUUCUUCGUCAACAUCCCGCCCGACAUCACCACCGCACCCACGGCCGAACACCGCCGGCUGCGCAGGGAGAUCAUUCGGGCCUUUUCCGACAAGGCGAUCCAGGAGCAGCAGUCCAUCUUCCACCACUACGCCAAUCUGUUGAUCCAGCGCUGGCGCGAGCGAGACCAGACCGUCAUCGACCUGGCCAAGUGGUUCAACUUCUUCACCUUCGACACCUUCGGCGACCUGGCGUUCGGCGAGCCGUUUGGCUCGCUGCAGGGCGGCGAGUCACAUCCGUGGGUGAACCUGAUCUUCGACAGCAUCAAAAUCAACAAGAUGUCGGGCUUUCUGGAAGAGUUCCCCUUGAUCAAGAGACUCGCCAUCCUGCUGACCCCGCCCGACCUCAAGCGCCGCGCCACCGAGCACUUUGAGCUCAGCGAGCAGAAGAUCCGACAGAGGCUGACACGCGACCGGGGCGACCGCAAAGACUUUGUCUCGUAUAUCUGGAAAUCUGACGGCACGGGCUUGACCCAGCAGGAACUGGAGCGGAAUGCCUCCACCUUGAUCGUGGCCGGCAGUGAGACCACCGCCACCACGUUGUCAGCCCUGAUCUCCUACCUCCUGAGGAAUCCGGACAAGUAUGACCGGAUUGCGCACGAGAUCCGCUCGACGUACAAGGGCGGCGACGAGGAGGUGACUCUGCUGGAUGCCGCCAAUGUUCCCUACGUCCACGCGUGCAUCGAAGAGACAUUGCGCCUCUUUCCCGCCGUGCCCAUCGGCGCUCCCAGGCAGGUCGGCGCCAGUGGAGGAUUUAUUGAGCAAUACCGUCUGCCUCCGAAGACUUUACUCGAAGUGCCCCAAUGGGCCACGCACCGAGCCAGCGUCAACUUCCGAGACCCAGACGACUUUAUUCCAGAACGAUGGCUGCCCGCCAGCCACGCGUGGUAUGACGAGAAGUAUGCCAAUGACAACAGAGGGGUGGUGCAGUCCUUUUCCUAUGGACCGCGUGCCUGUCUGGGAAGAACCCUCGCUUAUCACGAGAUGAGAUUCAUCCUCUCGCUUAUCCUGAAAAACUUCGACUUCGAGCCCACGCCCGAAGGGGCAAACUGGGUGGAGAGGUGUGAGCACUAUUUCUUCUGGGUCAAGCCACCCUUGCCUGUGAAGUUGAGGGGGCUGAAGUGA